AGGGACAGGAGGAAGCAAACGCGUGUAGUACUAUGUCAACACAAAACAAGCAAGCCGUGACCUACAGGCAAAAAUGAUGGGCAUCACGAAGUUAGAAAGUGUCUUGCUGAAGGCAUUGUUUAUCAUCUCUGUGCUUUUAAAGAUCUCAUAUAUGGAGACCUUGCCAGAUGUGAUCAGGAAUCUCAAUGAUGCUGAAAUCACAACGUCUUCUGUGUCUCUUACAUGGUGUGUCCCUCAAAGAAACCACUCCUUUUACGAAGGUGAGUGGGAUGUUUGAGCAGAUAAUGUUCAGGAAGCAUUCAUUAACAUAACAAAUCUAACUGCUGGAGCGUACACAUUCACAAUCACUGCAGUUAGUGUGGAUAACAGCAUAAAUGGAGCAGCUGUUAGUAAAGUUCAAUUCACAAGGCCUGAUAUGGUGGGUAAUCUUUCUGUAACUCAAGUCAAAACAUCAUCUGUGUCUCUGAGCUGGAGCCCACCACCUGGAAACCCCAUGUCUUACCUAAUGGAAGGAGGGCACCAGUGCAGGAACAAAUCGACAACAUCACCAUCCAUCAAUGUAACAGAUCUGACUCCUGGAACUCAGUACACAUUUACAGUAAUCCUGAUUGUUGGUGGUAAUCUCGAAGGUGCCCCUGUUAAUUGUUCUCAAUUUACAAAGCCUGAACAACCUGAGAACAUCUCAGCUGUAAAUCAGCAGAACAACAGUCUGAGUGUCUUAUGGAGCUCACCUCCAGGAAACGUGAAGCAGUAUGAAGUGACAGUCACAAACUGCAAAAAUAACUUUACAAGGAUAUGCACUGUACAUACAAAUUAUACAAACCUGCAGGAAUUAGAAGCUGGACCCAACCCACCCAGAGCUAUAAAAAUAGUAGAGAAAACCAACGACUCCAUUUCACUGUCCUGGGACGUGCCGGUUAUGGGAGCAGCUGCAGAAGCUGACUACAGUGUAGCGUGCACAUCCGGCCUGAAUACAUCCACCCAGGUUGUGCUGUUGUCACGGAAUCAGAUUAAAUUUUCAGGACUGACUUCAGGAACACUGUACUACAUCUCAGUGGGAACUGUGGGACCACAGGACCUAAGGAGCCUAAAUGUCUCCCGACAAGAAUACACAUUGCCCAAUCCAGUGCAAAACAUCAAAGCCAGCACGGAAUCUAUCAGUUCUGUGGCACUUGAAUGGGAGAGUCCUGUUGGUGCCCAGUCAUAUUUUACAUACAGAGUCAAUAUCACCUCAAGAAGUCAAAUAACAUCAAUGAACAAAAUCAACAUCAAAGACCUCAAUCCAGGCACUAAGUACAAUUGCUCUGUUACUGUGCUUGCUUCACAUGACACAUAUGGCCCCCCCUCAUUCACGUUUUGCCAGACAAAACCCAUGCCAGUUGACAAUCUUUCAGCUAUAGCUGUUAACACCACGGCUGUGAGUGUAAUGUGGUCCAGUUCAGAUUAUAAAGAAAAUACAUAUUUUCUCAUCUCCAACCCAUGGAACCAGAGUUUGAUCCAGAAUACAGCAAACAAGAGCAUCAACAUCUCAGACCUCACACCUGGCACCAAUUACACAAUUGGGGUUAAAGCAGUUGUGAAUGGGGUUGCAUCUGAUCCAACCUCUACCUAUGUUCUCACAAAACCAGAGAUUGCAAAGAAUAUAACAGUUAGCGGAACAACAACCAGUCUGAAGGUGACUUGGGACAGGCCUGAAGGAAUUGUGACAUCCUACAUCAUUGACAUCUACAAUGGAAGCUCACUAGCAGCCAAUCAGACAGUAUUUAACAAUUUGGCUGUAUUUGCUAACCUGAUGCCAGGAAGGCUCUACAGCAUCAGACUCACCACACUCAGUGGAACUUUACAAGGGGAAUCACAGAUGAUUAAUUGUUCAACCUAUCCCAAUCCACCCAGUUUCAUCAGAGUUGAAGGUGCAACGACAAGUUCCAUUAACAUCAGCUGGGGCAGGCCCUCUGACAUGGAUGGGGACCAGUAUUCAUAUAUUGUUUACUACCAAGGCAAUGAAUUUGUUUCCACUGACACCUGUUUCAUGCUGGAAAAUCUGACAUCAGAAACGUCCUACAAUAUCUCUGUGCUAACGGUUGGACCAAUGAAGUACAGGAGCACGCCACUGACUGUGUUAAGCUGUACAAGAGUCAGCUCUGUGAAAGAUUUGCAAGCAACAGAGAUCACAACUUCUAACGUGACACUGGUUUGGAAGUCUCCCAGUUCUGGGAAGAGUUAUAAGUACUUUGUGAAAGCAAAGUCCCUAAACCAAGAGACCAACUUCACUGUGAACGGAACAGACGCCACAAUCAGAAACCUUCGAUCUGGUAGCAAUUAUACGUUUGAUGUCACAGUUACGCUGCAGGGUGUUUGUGAGUCUACUGCUGAAUCCAUCUCGUUAUUCACAAGACCGUAUCCCAUUGUUGACUUGAAGUCCGAGGCAGUUAACGAAUCGGUGGUGUAUUUGAAUUGGACCAGACCACAGGAGUACCAAGACAGCUAUACUUACACAGUUAAGAUUUCGGGGUGCACAUCUAAUACGAAGAAUCAGUCAGUGCAGCAAGAACAAGCCUACAUUCAUGAUCUGAUCCCAGGGACCAACUGCUCCCUCCUUAUUUACAGCAGGGCGUCAAAUGGGAUUGAAGGAUGGCCACUCUCCACAUCUCAGUACACAAAGCCUGAAAAAGUGAUGUCAGUGGAGUCAAAUGAACGUGCAAAUGAUUCCAUUACUGUGACCUGGGAUUCUCCAAGGGGCAACAUAGAGAAAUAUGUGGUCAGCCUAUAUUAUGUUCAAGGACAAACCCAGAAGCAGGAAUUAAACAACACUGCUAAAUCCUGUCAGUUUGUUAACCUGAAAGCAGGAAGUAUGUACACAGUCACAGUGAGAACAUGGAGUGGGCCCUUUGCAGAGGAAUCACAGGCAGUGUCAAUCGCAACCUAUCCAAACAAACCUGGAGAUAUCACAAUAACAGACAAGAAUACUAGCUCAAUUGCUUUAGCGUGGAGCAGUCCGCUGGACAGUGACGGUUCUACUAACUAUUACACGGUGAAAUAUCAGUCUGCUGUGUACAACCACACAAUUAACACCAAUACGAGCAGCAGUGUCCUGAACGGACUGGCUUCCGGAACCUCAUACAAUAUCUCUGUGGCUACUGUAGGACCAGAGGAGCUCGUGAGUGCACCAGUUACGGUGGACUUGGUCACAACCAGACCAGAGAAAGUUCAAUCACUGGAAAUACAGUCUGUGUUUCUUGAAAAGGUUGUGCUUAAAUGGAGUGCCCCGUCUGAUUUUAAAAAUGGGUACUGCUACAGAGUGACAACAAGCAGCACAGAUCAUGUGAUCAACACAACAACGCUGAAUGAGACUUAUGAGGUAGUCGAUCUAUUGCCUGGAACCGAGUAUAAUUUCAGUGUAAUGACGCUGACAGAGGAUGGGACAGAGUCCUCACAUGCAGUGGUGUCCUCUUGUAUAGAUGCAGCUCCAGUUACAAACAUCAGCUGUCAGAGCCCAAACCUCACUGUGGCUCUUCUCACGGUGCAGUGGAGCAGUCCCAAAGGCUUAAAUAAAGGCUUUGAAAUCGCCAUAAGAGAUAAACCCAAGGAGUCUCUUCCAACUUGUACUUCCAAAUGUAUGCACACCCUAAAAAAUCUCUCUUACAACACACAGUACACGGUGAACAUCCUAACUCGUGGGUGUGGGAAUAGCAGCCCCAUCACUGCUAUAUCUUGUAAGACAGGAAUCACAGUUCCACGGAUACCAGAUAUAAAGGACUAUAUCCAAGUUACUGAUGUGGAACAUGACCGAUUUACUUUGGACCUGCACCCUGGGCUCUUUAGUGACAGUGAAGGACCCAUUGUCAGUUGUGGUGUACUUGUUACAUCUAGUGUUAGCAGUAUUAUUGGUGGAAACUCAUCCUCUUUUAAAAUGUAUCUAAGCAACACAUAUGAAGCCUGGAAUACUGGAAAUGGGGAAACUUACCUGGCAACCCUUAAAGAAAAGAAGGAAAUAUAUCAAAGAGGCAUAACUUCAAUUGUCAUUGGUGACAACACAGAAUGGGGGAGAUAUAUUAAUGGACCACUUAAACCCAAGGGAAGCUACAGGUUUGCCGUUGUUAUAUUUACUCGACUGGAGGCAAAUGAUGGAUUUAUAGAUAUUUCAAAAUCCUAUGUCUCAAUAUCACCUUUUUAUGAGACAGAAAUAAAUCUUCCAGAAAAUCCAGUUGUUGUCGCAUCCAUAGUUAUAUCUGUAGUAUCUAUACUCCUACUCAUCAGCAUUUUUAUUAUUGGUGCAGUUUCAUUAAAAAGACGUAAGAGAGCUGAACCUUCAGAAGUCCCCAUUCUUUCAAUGAGGGAAAAAGUUAGUGUUCCCAUUAAGGUGGAGGACUUUAAAGAUUACUUCAGGAAGCAACAAGCAAAUUCUAACUGUGGAUUUGCAAAAGAAUUUGAGAACCUGAAAUCUGUGGGCAUAUCCCAAGCUAAGAGCAGUGCUUUGGCUCUGGAGAACAAAGGAAAGAACCGAUACAACAAUGUCCUGCCGUAUGAUUCUUCAAGAGUAAAGCUGUCCAUCCAAGGAUCGCCAUUCGAUGAUUACAUCAACGCCAACUAUAUUCCAGGGUACAAUUCCAGGAAGGAGUUCAUUGCAGCACAGGGUCCAUUAGCCAGUACUGAGAAUGAGUUCUGGAGGAUGAUCUGGGAGAAGAAUGUGCACACACUGGUGAUGCUGACUAGGUGCACUGAGCAGGGCCGGGUAAAAUGUGAGGAAUACUGGCCUUCAGGAACCAAGCAUUUCAGCAAUAUAACUGUGACAUCAUUGUCUGAAAUAGUUCUAGAUGACUGGACAAUAAGAGACUUUACUGUCAAGAAUGUGAAGACUGCAGAAAAACGCCCUCUGCGCCAUUUCCACUUCACAGCCUGGCCAGACCACGGCGUCCCAGAGACCACAGAGCUGCUGAUCACCUUCAGGCACCUCGUGAGGGAGCACAUGGACCAGUUCUCGCGCCAUUCGCCCUCCGUGGUGCACUGCAGUGCGGGAGUGGGACGAACUGGAACCUUCAUCGCCAUUGACCGCCUGAUUUUCCAAAUCGAGCGGGACAACGAGGUGGACGUAUACGGAACUGUCCAUGAUCUCCGCAUGCACCGGCCACUCAUGGUCCAGACUGAGGAUCAGUACGUGUUCUUAAACCAGUGUGCCAUGGACAUCAUCAGAUCAAGAAAUGGAACCAAUGUAGACUUGAUAUAUGAGAACACAACUGCAGUCUCUAUUUAUGAGAACUUUCAACCUAUGAGAAAAUCGAAAAAUGGUUACCACCAUACUUAGGAAAAUAUUUGUUCAUCUUUCUAAUGCUGGAUUUAUGUUCUUGUUGUUUAUUUAUAGAAAGUGCCAGUCAUUUUUACAUACAGCUGAGGAAAGAAUGAAGAGACCAGAGCACAAUUUUUUGUUUCACUCAUUUCUCAAUUUAUGGGUAUGUGUUUGUGAAUCCAUUUUUUUGUAAACCGCAGCCUGGUUUUUCUCUGUUUCUCUUCUCUGAAGGGCUUCUUCCUUGCUUUAAGGAUUUCAGUGCUGUUUUGAGGGGUCUGAUACAAACUGUCCCAGCAGGGCACUUCACACCUGCACUUAAUGUCGAAUAAGAUAAGGGUCAUCUCUGGCAUUAAAAGGUCACUUCUGCUCUUUACCUGGCUGGUGUCUAGUUGUUCCCAGUGUCUCCUGCUUCACUUGGUUUUUGUGUACUGCUGUCUUAGUAAUUUUGAACUGGAAGCAACCAGCUGCUCAGCAUAGUCUUUUGCCAGCAGGAUUAAACCAGGAUUUAAAAAUACAGAUUUGUUUAAAAACACGGAGGGGUCUCUUCAUUUUUUCCAUAACUGUAUGUAGAGGGUGAUGACAGCCCUGAAGACAAGAAAUUCCUGAUUUAUAAAACUAAUAAUAAUAGUUAUCCUAGUUGCUUGUUGUACAUAGAUGUACAUAGUACGAAAAAUGCCUUAUGGUUUAAGAUGUUCAAUAUCUGAAUAUUACGACAUAUUCUGAAAAAAAUGAAAAAAAAAACAUUUAGCAAAAUUUUACUUGCAACAUAAAUUGAACUCAGGACUCAGCACUUUGAUGUUUCAUUUCAGUUGAAUGUUUUGCCUCUGUUUAAUAGAAAAAUAAUCCGAUAAAGUAGUUUACAAUUCUUAUCCAUAUGUAUUUAAGUAGACAUGCGUCUGGCAUCAUUUUAUGAGGAGAUUUAAUCCACUCGUUCUCAUAUACUUGUCACGUCCUGAAUGCCUGAUCUUCCUGCCUCCUCUCUAACUUGUCCCUGGUGAGCCAAGCCUGUUGCUUGUUACCCCCGUUAGUCCUUGUAUUUAAGUACCUGUUUGUCCUGUCAACCCCAGUCUGGUCAUAAAUGUUGCUCCUCCUGUCUCCCUGUGUUAUUCCUGGUACCAGUCCUACCAUUUUGGCCCCUCGUGGUCCUGUUGGUUUCCCAACCCCUGUUCAGUUCUGUUCAGGUUUGACUUAAUUAAAACCCCAUUUUGUUCAUAUAAAUGCCUACCUUUCAAUUCUUCAUCUUUUGCUUCAUAACAGUAAUGCAUAGUGAUUAAUUCUUUUGCGUUCAUGGCUAUUUGCAUUUGUGAGUCUCAAGCUUAAAGCCUUAUGGAAUAUAUAAUGGAGUAACAAAAUAAUCAGGGUUUGUAAUUGUUUUGUAAAUAUAAAUUUAGGAGGAGCUCUCACUGGUUUUUUUCAUUAAAUAAGAAGUACUUUUGCAUUUUUGCAUCUCAUAAAGUAAUAUAAUGGUGACCAGAAUACUCAGCUUUAACUCUGCUUUGGUCAAGCUUCAUAGUCAACACCUUACACAAGUGAUAACUUCCAGUGUAAGAUUUUUUUUCAUGUGAUAAUUUAAAAUGUGUUUUUAUCACAAGUUUGCCUAGCUAUAUUUAUGUGGACAGCCCUUGUAAAAAUCUGAGUGGUUGUUUCAGUUCAAAAUUGUUUAAUGGUCUUAUGGAAGUUUUUGGCCGUAUAGUUGUGAGAAUAGAUCAUUACGCAUCGUUAUUACCAUUUACAUUUGUAUAUGCUGUGUUUGAUGAUCUGCACUGAGAUUCCUGACUUCUCUUCCUAUACCUUAUUAUGUUAUUAUAUUAAGCUAUCAACACUGUGUAUAUUUUUUUAGCAGUGGUCUGCUUAAAUUACUAGGCAGACUGUGAAUGUGAAGGUAUACUGAAAUCUAUCUCCUAUUGACCAGUAGAUUUAUCAUUUUCCUGGAAAAGGUGCAAUAGUUUUAGGUCAAUAGUUAAGAAAAUUGUUUAAAAUGAAACUGUUGUUAAAACUGAAGUGCAAAGUAUAUGACAUCAGUGGACAAACUUACAGAUCUAGAUACUGAAAUUUAAAUAGCACAUGUGCCAUAAUAUGUUAGUGCUGGAAAACAAAUAUUUUUAAAGAAAUCCAUGAUUUGAGUGUUUUAUCUGUAAAUUUUGCAUUUGUCCAGUUAUAUGUUGAAUAGGUAUAAUAGAAAAUUUAAUGAACUGGAAAAGGGUCCUGAAAUUGUUCAUUGUCAGGAUCGGUGACCGUCCCUUGUGUUUUGACCCCAUUUGGCCAGCAGGUGUUGCUGGUCAUCCUGUUAAUGUUUGUUGGUUUUGUGUUCUUCCACUUCAGUAUUUGUUUCGGUAUUUCAGUUAUAGUUCCUUGUUUUUGCUCCUUAUUCCCUGUUCAUUUGCUUGUCCUAGUUUUGGUUUUCCAUAGUGUUUGGUCCUUUUUUUCUGUUAAUUGACCUUUCAAUUGUAACUGUUAAUUGUAACUACCCCACCUGUUCCUUGUUGCCCCAUGUCUUUAAUGAUCGGUUGAUUUGUUAUGGUUCUCACCUGUCCCCAGUCUAGGCUUUUUAAUAAUGUAUUUAAGUGCCUGUUCUUGUACUGUUCCUUGUUGGUUCAUUGCAGUUGUUUCCUGUGUAGCUAUGUGUUUGUAGUCAUAAUAGUUAUUCCCUGUUAGUUAUUAUAGUUUUCCAAUGUUCGUCCUUGCCUUUAGCUCCUGGUGUUGCUCCCUCCCUUAAUUUCUGUUUUUCCUGUUUUAUUUUGACACCUUGUGGUCCUUAUGUUUUAUGCUUUUCCCUUUCUGCUUGUUUAGUUAAAUAAUCCCUGAUUUUUUGAAGCUGCUAUGUGGAUUGUCCUUCCUCCAUCAUGGCACGUCACAACAUUUAAUAGUAAUAUCAUGUGACAUUAUUGGAUAAAUGGUUGGAAAAUGGAUGGAUGGAUAAUCUAAUUAUGGAGUCAUGGCACUGUGCUUCUAGAAUUAGUUAUAAAACCAUUGAAAACAAGGAUCUGAUUAAUGAUUAAAUUUGAAAUAUUUACUGUAAAAAUUUACCAGUUAUAGCAUGUUAGUAAAUUUUUGCCAAUAGUCCCCAAAGCCAUGGUUUAUUUAAUACUUACAAGCUCAAAUGCUAACCCCUUUUCUAUUUACUGAUCCUACACAAAGCACCACUGCUACAGUACAUAGUCCUAAGAAAAAAGGCAUGGGCUUUGUUAUACUGCAAAAGCCUUGUCUUCCUUUUUUCUUACUGCUUCUGAUAAGUUCAACCUUGUUAUAAAUAUUCUUUGGGAAAUUAAUUUUCAUGUCGAUUUGAUUUACAUAGAACUAUAUUCAUAAGUGUAUAUUGUAAUGCAUUUUCCUUUAGGUUUGACAACAGUACAUAUGCACCAUUUUUUCUUCACAUGGACAGUAUGGUGGCUCAGUAGGUAUCACACCCCACUGGAUACUGAGGUUCGAAUCCCCCCUUCCACCCUGUGUGUGGAGUUUACAUGCACCCUUCCACCUCUGUCACAUGGGCUUGCUACAGGUACUCUGGUUUAAACCCACGGUGAAAGAUAUCUUCGACUAUUCAGCAUCUUUAAAAUGCCCAUACCAUGUGUAUUUAUGCUCUGAUGUACUGGCAUCAUGUCCAGGGUGUAUCUCAGCCUUGUAGUCUGGAUAGGCUCCAGGCUCCCAUACGAAGAUGGCCAGAAUAAGCGGUUGGAAGAUGGGUGAAUGAAUGGAUAUUUUAUAAUUCUGAAGUCAUAAAUAUUUAGUAUCCUUAGGGGUUUACUGGGAAAAAGUUACCAUAGUCAUGUGUCAUGUGUCCAUGCAACCUCAGGCACAGAAAUCUGUGCCAAAUAGUAAAAGUUAUUUGGUUUUAUGAAUCAGUAAUGGAAUAUUGAUUCUGAAGCAUCAUUAAACGAUUCUGAUAUUUGUUCUUAA